UAAUAAGUAAGCGUGUGCUUAAUAGAAGUUUAUGAAACUUUACGUCAAUGCAUAACUAAGAUUAUGUUUAACACUGAUUGACAAAGUUUUGGCAAUGGUUCAUUUUUUAUGGGCUUUAAGUGAUUUAACACACUUAUCUGAGCUAUUUUUAAACAUGUGGUUUUUCACAAAAGUUGUUACUUUUGCUUCUUUGACAUAGAAAAACAUAUUUAGAUGUUUUGGCAUUUGAGCAAACACUUCAACAGAAAAAAUAACCACCUUAAAGGGCCUGCCAUUUUAAAAAGGUGCAUGUGCUAUAUUGUAGAUUUUUAUGCAAGUCCUUAGAAACUGAUCACCAUAUAGCGGUAUUUCGAUGCAACUAAGCCUAGGCCUUGGCAAUUGUUAGUUUGCAUCUACGUAGAAGAGACAGAAGACCCAAUUUGAGCCAUUGUAAAGACCUUAUUUGAGUAGGACAAAUCGUAAUAACAUAUGACAUGACAAUUAUUGGUGUGUUGUCAGUUAUGUCAAUUUUGUUAAUUUUGUCAGUUAUGUCAACCUACAAACUUCCGGUACUGCCGAUCAUGUGCAACAGAUUAUCGAUCAACGAGGUUAAAUUAUGGCCAUAGUCAGAGGAUGGAAACCGCUUACUUUCUGCUGAUAAAUGGUUUCAAUGAGGUUACAGUUCGAAUAUUGCUUAACUUUUGGAUGUGAGAAUCUAUUUCAUCUUGGGAGAAUCCGACAACCACUUGGGCCUUUUGGAGGCGCUUCACGAGGAGGGUCUAUUCCAGGCCAAAGAAGAGUACUUCGUGGUGGGCGUUCAAGCAGACCCUUGGGAUCCUUUGGAUCCUGCAAAAUACACCCGUGGCUAUUUGAUGCAGAAGUCAGAGCCUCCGAGUCCAUCACUUUUGGAAGGUUUGCGCCACUAUUUGGGAAUCAUGAUGUCUGCCCCUCAAGAAACACGGAACUGGUCGUAUUUCAAUUUCACCCGGAAGGUCAAAAAGCGGAUGCUGCAAGGACACUUCAAGGAUCUCCUCGGUGAAAUCAAUGUACAAAUGCUUCAAUUACGGCGAGAGGCGGCUUAUCUUUACGACGCCGUCAAACUUUACGCGGAAAGUUUGAAAAUCGUCCUCCUUCAAGGGGGUGAUCCGUUCAAUGGGAGUCUGAUCAUUCAAAAUCUCGUCAACCAAACCUACUUCAGUGCAAUGGGCUACAAAGUGUUUAUGGAUGCCAAUGGCGACACUGAAGGCAAUUUCAGUCUCGUGGCCUUGGGACAAACGAGCCAAGGCAAGCCAGGCUUAUUCCCGGUGGGGGUGUUCCAAUUGGAUGGACCGAAUGUACUUCCCAAGCUGCAUUUGACUCACGCCGUGGCAUGGCCACGUGGCAAUCCGCCACGGGCAAUUCCGCGAUGCGGCUUCAAGGGUGAGUUAUGUCUGACGGAAGAAACGGAUGAAGACAUCGUCUUCGGGGUCUUUCUUGGAUUCGGCGUGGUUCUUGUGGUCAUCGUGAUCGUCCUCUAUCGUAACUACAAAUACGAACAAGAGCUGGAUUCCUUGCUAUGGAAAAUCGACCCGAAAGAACUCAAGAUCGACGAGUUCACACCCACCUGUCACAAUUAUCAUGGGACGCUAAGCAAGGCCCAUUUGGCCAGCAGCCGGCGAGCCAGAAACAGCCAGGUGUCCUUGGGAUCCAAUCAGGAGAACGACCAUCGGUUCUCCAUGAUUUACACCCAAAUUGGCGUUUAUAAAGGGCGGAUUUACGGAGUGAAGAAAUCGCCCAAAGCCUCGAUCGACAUCACAAGGAAACUCAAAAAGGAGCUCAAAGCCAUGCGGGACAUUCACCAUGAUAAUUUGAACCACUUCAUCGGAGCUUGUGUGGAACCGGGUAACGUUUGCAUUGUUUACGAAUAUUGCACCCGAGGAAGCUUACGAGACGUCUUGGAUAAUGACGAUAUGAACUUGGACAACAUGUUCAUCGCUUCCUUGGUGGGCGAUAUCAUCCGAGGAAUGAUCUUUCUUCACGAGUCCCAAUUGCGAUUUCAUGGCAAUCUCAAAGCGGCCAAUUGUCUGGUGGACAGUCGUUGGGUUCUAAAACUAAGUGGAUUUGGCCUCAGUGAUUUCUCUCAUCCCUGGCCUAAUGUGCUUGACGUGAUUACGGGCUCUGUCAGUCUGGAUCCACUUCGAAGUGAAGAGCUCCUUUACAGAGCUCCCGAAAUGCUACGCCUCAAGGAUCCUUCCAAGCUUUUGGACAUGAGGUAUAUCUCGGCCUCCGAGAUCAUGCUCCAGAAGGCUGACGUUUACAGCUUCGCCAUCCUUUUCUACGAGAUUCAUUUCAGACCGAGCCUUCCAUUCACCGCCCUCCAUCGCAAUCGAGUGGGAACACGACCUUUUGGCAACGUGGAUAUGACAGUCAUUGAGGUUUUAGAGAGGAUCUACAAUCCCCACGUCCAACUUCGACCCCAAAUCGAUGCUCUGAACAAUUGUGUGGACUUUGUUAAAAGCUGCAUGCGUGAUUGUUGGCAGGAGGUGCCCAAUGACAGACCAGAUUUCAAGGUUAUUCGCUCCCGAUUGAGGCCAAUGCGACGAGGCAUGAAAGCCAACAUUUUCGACAACAUGCUGGCUAUGAUGGAAAAGUAUGCCAACAACCUCGAGAGCCUCGUGGACGAACGCACACAAUUGCUGAUCGACGAGAAGCGCAAAACCGAGGCUCUUCUUUAUGAAAUGUUGCCCAGAACCGUGGCCGAGCAAUUGAAGCAGGGAAAACGGGUGGAUGCGGAGAAUUUCGAUUCCGUGACGAUCUAUUUCUCGGACAUUGUCGGGUUCACGAGCAUGUGUGCCGAAUCGAGUCCUUUGCAAGUGGUCGAUUUCCUCAAUGACCUCUACACUUGCUUUGAUUCAACCAUAGAAAUAUACGACGUAUACAAGGUUGAAACCAUUGGUGAUGCGUAUAUGGUGGUCUCUGGGCUGCCUGUUCGCAAUGCAGACCAGCAUGCAGGUGAGGUGGCUUCGAUGGCCCUGAAUCUGUUGGAUCGAGUCAAGAGAUUCACCAUUCAACAUCGUCCCCAUGACGCAUUGAUGCUGAGAAUCGGUAUCCACAGUGGUCCAGUUUGUGCCGGAGUGGUGGGUCGGAAAAUGCCCAGAUUCUGCUUGUUUGGUGACACGGUGAACACUGCAUCCAGAAUGGAAUCCACUGGAGCCCCUCUCAAGAUCCAUUGUAGCUCGUCUUGUUACCAGAUCCUAUCAAAGCUUGGUGGCUAUGAAUUGGAAGAGCGGGGAUUUGUGAACAUCAAGGGCAAGGGGGAUCAACUGACUUUCUGGCUCCUUAAUGAAGACCCAUUCAUACGAGAACAACGCAUGACGGAACGGGAACAACAGUUGAAGAGCCAGAAACGCCCGGCAUCCAUAGCCUUGGACUUCCUCCGGACGGACUACCAACCCAUACAAAGGAAUUCCAGUCGAAAGAAAAGACCUUCCAAGGAUAGCACCUCCUUAACUGAGUCUCCAUCAUCAGAUGCUAAGCGAUUACGGUUUGGCCUCAACAAACCGAUCACGGAGGAAACACAACCGAACGAGACCCACCCAACCAAUGAAGAGGAUGUUUUUCUACCCAGUGUGCAUACCCGCACACCUCGUUUGAGAGUUUUGGACCAAUACAUCAUUGACGUGGCCAAUCCCACACCCAAGCGCAAUUCCUGCCCAUGUAUCGAUAACAUGGACCCAGCGUUCCUUUGUCCGGACCGAGAUUACUUGAACAGAAGUGAUUCAGGCCUGGCCCCAAAGUCAAGAGACGCCUCCCCAGACUCCAAGAGUAUCGGACAUACCAGUCUUUCGUCCAUUCUUCAGCACAUUGGGGCUCGCCAUGAUGCCAACGAGUGUUUGGACAGGUCCGACGAGGAAAAUGCAUUCGCGGCCUUCAAGGCUGGCUGCUCCACUUCUUGUAAGAAAAGCGAUCAUCGAAACAGCUUCAAGUUGACCAAGAUCCUUCGACGAAAUAAGUCCAAGCCCAAUAUCGACUUGGAAAUCAAUGAGAAAGAAGCGGAAUCCGAAAACCUUCUCCUCUCCGCCCAACGCCGUUGAUCUUUUAUUUGCUCUUGCCUCAAUUAAUGAGUUGACAAAAUCCGUAUAUAUAUGAACGAGCGUGUUUUUCAUCGUUAUAUUAUACAAAUAGGGAUUGGGAUUACAUAGUGGCAACCUCCAAAUCCCAACAAACCACCGG